UGGGGAGGCUGCCCCUCCGAAGAGGGCACCUCCGGCUACAGCCUGGAGACGGUAAAAGGCGGCGCGGUGCUGGACCGCGUUAGCCUCGUCGGCCGGAGCUGGGUGCUAGUGGGCCGCGCGCCGAGCUGCGACCUCUCCUUGGCUCAUCCGUGCGUGUCGCGGCACCACGCCGUGCUUCAGCGCCGGCCGCCGCAGGGCUCCGCGGAAGGGGAGCCGCCGCUGGCGACGGAGGGACCCGAACCCGGCCUCUAUGUCUACGACCUGGACAGCGCGCACGGCACCUUCCUCAACAAAGCGAGGAUCCCUCCCCGCACCUACUGCCGGGUCCGAGUGGGACACGUCUUGCGUUUCGGAGGCAGCAGCCGUCUCUUCCUCUUGCCGGGCCCGGAGGAAGAUGAAGAACCUGAAUCAGAACUGACUGUAACCCAGUUGAAAGAAUUGCGUAAACAGCAACAGGCCAAGUUAGAAAAAACUAUGUUGGGUGAUGAUUCUGAUGAAGAUCAAAAGGAAAUAGAAAUAAAGGGAAGUGAAAAUAGUCGGAAUAAUGAUUUAAGCUGUUCCUGGGGAAUGGGGGAAGAUGCAGAGGAAGAAGAAGGUGAAGAAAAUCCAAUUGCUAUUGAGUUUCAGGAGGAUCAAGAAGCGUUUUAUUUGAAAGAUCCCAAAAAGGCAUUGCAAGGAUUCUUUGACAGAGAAGGUGAAGAAUUAGAGUAUGAAUUUGAUUCCCAUGGAACUGGCACCUGGCUUUGUAGGGUGAAGCUGCCUAUAGAUGAUGCCUCAGGGAAACAGCUUAUGGCAGAAGCUGUUCAUUCAGGGAAGAAAAAAGAAGCAAUGAUCCAAUGUGCAUUGGAAGCCUGCAGGAUAUUGGAUGCUAGGGGUGUGUUGCGACAAGAGGCAGUGUCCCGGAAAAGAAAAGCAAAGAAUUGGGAAGAAGAAGACUUCUAUGAUAGUGAUGAUGACAUAUUUCUUGAUCGGACAGGAGUUAUUGAACAGAAACGACUCAACAGAAUGAAGAAAGCUGGAAAGAUAGAUGAAAAGCCAGAAACAUAUGAUUCAUUGGUUGCCAAACUACAUGCAGCUGAGAGAGAGCUCUGUGAGAUAGCAGAGAAGCUGAAAUCUUCAAGGACAACACAGUCCCAUUCAGCAACUCAGGAUUCACUGGACGAAUUCAUGACAGAAAUCAAAUCAGGCUGUGCCAUAGACAGUGUGACACGUAAAAAGCUUCAUUUGAGGACCUUUGAACUGAGGAAGGAACAGCAGCGAUUGAAAGGAUUAAUUAAGAUUGUUACACCUGCAUCCAUGCCAGAGCUGAACUCCCAGCUUCAGAAUCAAGAUCUGGAAUCUCAGAAGAAGCCAAAAAAGCUAACUUUACCCUUAUUUGGCGCCAUGAAAGGGGGAAGCAAAUUCAGACUAAAAACAGGGACUGUAGGGAAGUUGCCCAUGAAACGUCCAGACAUACCUGUAAACUUAUUAAAGAUGAAAGAUGAGGGGCCAGAAGAAGAAGAGGAGGAGGAAGAAGAGGAGGAGGAAGAUGUGAACAGCAGUGUAAAUCAAAGCUCACAGAAAACAAAGAUGGAAACUGCAACACAAGAGAUGGUUAAACAAGGGAAUCUCAUUUCUGAUUCUUAUUCACCAAGAAACCAAGGACUUAAGUCUCAUUCUGAAUCUUCAAGCAAGGAUACAAGCACAUUAGAGCAUAAUUCCCCAGUGAAUGAACAGAUAAAACCAGAAGCGUCUGAGACGCCUGCAGGAAUGCCCAAGAAUCAGAAAGGUAGCAGUAAACAUAAGAUUCAGCAUUCAAUAUCCUCAAAAUAUCCAGAAGAUGACCCAGAUUACUGUGUAUGGAUGCCACCUGAAGGUCAAAGUGGUGACGGCAGAACCCAUCUGAAUGCUAAAUAUGGCUACUAAAUGACUUUGAAAAGUAAAGAAGUAUGGCACAGCGACUGCUAACUGGUUCAAGAUGCCAUUGAAAUGACGAGCAACAACCUUUGUUCAUUUUUCUUAAACUCUGUUUAAUGAUUCCUGAUCCUUACUUAUGGAUAGUUCUUUCCCCCUAGAAGUGAAUUUGUGUAUACUGUGCAUCAUAAUGUAUAUAGUGGUGAUAACUAAGAAUUUACAGGUAACUUAGAUACAGCAAUGUUUAUUUUAUAAAGAAAAAUUAAAAUGCUUGUUUUUAUUUCUUUACAAUUAUUUCUGGAUGUAAAAGGAGUAAAGAAAUAAACAUUUAGUUUUAGACUUCUAUUUAGCCAAUAUGUGUGCUAAGGGCUACUUCAAAUAUUGUGACACUUGAGUCGAUUACCAAAGUGUUUCCUUUCUGUGCAUUCACAUACAGUAUAUAUUUCCACAAAAUACAAUUGCCAAUGGCCACCUCCAGGUGGAGCUGCUCAAACCCAAGCUAAUUUUUAUCCUUCCUUUCCUUGCAGUCUUUUCUGUAAAGGUUCUUUUUUUGUUCUUUUUCUUUUUUUCCCUCUACAAGAGGGUGAAAUGCUAACACGUUCAUAUCAUGGCCAGUUAUAGAUUAGUAUCAGUGUGGGUGGAAAAAUGCAUUAGUCUUUAGCAGUUCCUGAAAGAAUAUUAAAUAUCUAACACUGUGUAGCUGGGAAAGUCAAAGCUAAGGUAUGGAAGUAUGUCAAUUCAGUCGUUAAUGUAUCUGAAAUUUCUUGGAUAAGAGGAAGAGCAAGACGUCUGCCCAAAAGGCAAUUAUCCUUGUACAGCUGUUUUUACUUCAUAAUUUCUGUUAAAUAGCGAUCAUAAAUCUGACAGUCCACUUAGGUUGCAUCAUGUUCUAUAUGAGAAAAGGAUAGAAAUUGCAUUUAAAAGGAAAAAACAAGCUAGAGGCAUAGAACAGGGUUAUCUACUAUGUAAACAUAUUAGUUAUAAGAAUAGACAUUAGUUCUUGAUGGUGGAGGGGAGGGGGGUAAGCACUGGAAAAUGUUUACUAGGUUCAAUUUUCUUUUGACUGUAAAAUGAAGCCUGUAGAUUUGAAGACUGUAGAGUAAUGGAUUCACUGGCAAGUAGGAAUGUGAGAAUUGCACAAUUCAUGGACUGAAAGGAGAAUUGAGUUCAGAAGUAUGAUCCUGAAGUUAGCCCAAUUCCAUAAAUGGUGGGUGAAUGAAAGGACAUAUGAUUGUGCCUGAGAUAGACUUUAGAAAAUAUGGUAAACCCCCAUAUUCUGAGUCCAUUCUCUAGUGCAUGACAAUCCAAUUCCAUUUUGUUCCAUCUAUAACGUUCACAUACAAAUCACCAUUUCUCUCAUAGCGAAAAGAUUUUAAGAGAAGUUUUCCUUUACAAUUAUGUGAAAAGAUAACGUUUGGAAAUGUAUGGCCCAGUAUUAUUAUAGUAUAGUAUAUUAUAAAAUUACAGUUUUUAGCCACUACUAUAAUUUAAAAUUCUGUUCCAACAACUAAUCCACUUCUGCCAUGAGCCUGUGACUCUACUUGGGAGUCUUUAUUAAACUUCAAACGCUCUCAAAGUUGGCAAAAAAUAAUAGAUUUUCACUAUUAGGCAUGUCCAGGCUGCAAAAAGUAUGGAAAGCCAAUGGAUGGCAACUAAAUGCUGCAGAGAUACAUAAGUCCCUCUGCUGCUAUCUAGUAGUCACCCAGAUUUUUACAACCUAGACACAGUAUGCUAAAAAUGCUUUUCCAGUGUUCCUAAUAUAUACUAAAUACAAACAACAGGAAAUCUUUUUUUUUUUUUUUUUUUUUUACUGAGUGAGCACUAUUCAGUAGUUCCUUGCCCCUUUUUUUUCCUCAAGCCAGAAGACACAAAAAGAUCUAAAUUGUUAACGUACCUACCUGCACACGGGUGGAAGCUGUGAUGGUAUUCUAGAUAGUUCAGUGUAUUGUUCUGUUUCUUCCAUAUUACAGAAAGUUCUUGUCUAUUUUAUCCUUGUUGGAAGCUUCCUUCCCAGGCCACAAUUGUGGCCAGACCCUCUGUGUGACCACAAGAGUUAAAUGAAAAGAAGAAACUCCUGAUUGCUUGUAGCUUAGCUCUGCACAAUUUUACUCAGCAGCUUCAUACAUCAAGUUGGAAAUGCAAGCCAGCUGGAGCCCUGCAGUAAAUAAUGGGGCAGGAAAAACAUGGUACAGCCCAGUGACUGAAAGCUAACAUGGUAAAAGGGCCAGAUCUGAGAUUAAUCCAGACAGCAAUUCCACUGGAUCAAAGUAUACCCAAUCAUCAUCCACUCCAAACUCUACUUGAGAGAAUAUUUCUAAAUAUUCCAGGAAGAUGAAAAGUGGUAAAUUGGGAUGGGUUCUUGUUUAAAUUAUUAUAGCAGCAAUUGUUGUGGGAAAGGAGAUGCUGGUUAAAAGCUGCAAGGUUAGAGACUUUAAAAAACAGGAAGAACUGGGCAAGUAUCUUAAGAUGGCCAGAGUGGAUUGGCAGUCAAGCCAAACUGUUUAGAAAUGCUUUAAGUUCCUAAUGUGAGUGGUAAAUAAUUACUAAUGUUCAGACCUGUUAAUGCUGUGCUAUAAAAUAAAAAGCUG